GUGAACUACCAUCCUCCAGGUUACGAGAUACAGUUUGGUGAUAACGGUUAUUAUAACUACGUGGUAGGUUCUAAUCUUGAUGUACGGAGCAAAUACAACGUGCCUGAUGGAGAAUGGUUUCACGUCUGCUGGUUGUGGAGUGCCUCUAGUUACACCACUACAGUCUACCUGAACGGAGAGAUUAUAGGAUCUACAACUACUAAUCAGAGGGAGCUGAGAACAGGAGGAACAAUGUGUCUUGGUAACUGGGCUGUGCGUAAACAUGCUCAACAUACCUUCGGUGGUGACUUGUUCAAAUUUAGUAUAUACAGUAGAGUUUUAACAGACACUGAAAUCCGAAACAUGGCCUCUGAUAUAUGUUCUAACGAGGAGGAGAGUCUAAACUCAAUAAGAAGUCUAAGGUGGGAAAGUAUAAUAUUACUGGAGAGAAGUGGCUCUCUGACGGAGACAACAACUGGUUGUCCUUCUUCUGAAGAGAUUGAAGCUGGAAGGCGGGCUACACUGCUGAGACUCAUUGAUGAAAGACUGAAGACAUUUGAGAUUAGGUUACAGAUUACCGAGCAGGAGUUGGCAAGGACAAAGACUAAUUUAGAACAAUCUGAUGCUAAUUUAGAAAAUGUGUCCGCAAAGCUAAAAAACUCUGAGCAAGAUCUAGCAGAGACGAAGUCUACCCUGAAGGUAUUUGAAGAGAAGUUAGGAAGUUUUAACUUCUCCCUCACAAGCACACAAAACGAGGUGUCCAACACCCAACUUGAGCUUACAGCGACAAAAACUAAUCUCACACAGCAAUUGGAAAGUGUCUCUGCGUCCCUGAACCAUACCCAAGAGGAGCUGGAAGCAGCUACAAAGAACAAAGUCCGCAGCAAGUGGGACGUGCUUUUCUCGGACAGGUUUUUCAACAAGAAACUUACUAGGGAGAUGUCUCCAGAGCUCAAAUCAACAUGGAAUAUUCUAGACCUGUUUUUAGGAUCGAACAUAACAGAACCGUUUAUCGAACACUUAAAGCAUUACCACGAACCCAGAGAAUUGAGCUGUACAAACCCCGGAAACUGAUAUUAUUCUUUAAGUGCCUCAGUAAUAACAUUUAGGGAAUCUGAACUUAUUUUAUCAUACAAAAUAUGUCUAAUGGACCUUUCGUUAUUAAAUUUGUAAUCAAACUUGGAUAUGAAUCCUUUUAUUAGAAUCCUAAUCGCAGUGACGGAUUAUUCACUUUUUGUUUUUUGUGUAUAUGUGCUUAUGUAUUCUAUAGCUUUGGCGAAACAGUAAUAUUCAAAUAUGUCAACC